AUGGAUGUUCCUCGUGUUUCGGCAUGCAACCCAUAUCGCAACAAGAAAAGUGAAGAAACGGAUCAGCAAUAUGUCGCACGUCUCCGAGCGGAUCUGGAACAGACAUUUGUGGACGUGGGUCCAGCAAAGAUAGCCGGCUUCAUCUGCGAGCCCGUAGUAGGCGCAGCUCUGGGUUGCAUGACGGCUGUUCCUGGUUACCUCCAAGCAGUGCGUGAAGUUUGCGACAAAUACCAUGUUCCACUUGUUUUCGAUGAGAUUAUGUGUGGUUGGGGACGGUGCGGCACCCUCCACGCGUGGCAAGAUGAAGGUGUCGUGCCCGAUAUCCAGCUCCUGGGAAAGGGGCUGGUCGGGGGCUAUGAGCCACUCUCCGCGAUGCUCAUCAGCAAGAAGCUGGAUUCUACCAAUGCGAUCCGCAAUGGCUCGGGAUACUUCAAUCAUGGACAUACUAUUCAGGGUAUGCCCAAAACGUGCGCCGGGGCUCUUGAGGCCAUGAAUAUGGUGGAGGAGCUCUUACCCAAUGUGAGAGCGAUGGGCGAGCGCCUGAUGAGAGGUCUUCGAGCCAGGCUCGGAGUUCACGAUAACGUUGGUGACAUCCGGGGCAAGGGGCUGUUCAUCGGGAUUGAAUUCGUCUCAGACAAGCUUUCAAAAGCUGCUUUCAGCCCAGAUGACAAAGUCGCUGUCAAAAUUCAUGAAAUGGGUCUCACAAACCCACACAACAUCCAUGUCUACCCUGGUACCGGUAGUGCUACACCUCAUGGUAGAGACGGCGAUCAUAUCAUCAUCGCGCCCCCCUACGACGUUGACGAAGCCGAGGUCGACUCCAUCGUUAAUCGCGUCGGCGACCUGAUCGAAGACUUCUUCAAGGAGCAUAAGCCUAUUACGCAGUAG